AUGGCUCAGCAGCAGCAGGUCACCGUGCUGGACCAGCUCAUGGCCCUGGCUGGCAGCCUCAAGCGCCAGCUGCUGCAGAUCCAGCAGCAGACCAAGGAGGGGGCGGCCCAGGCGCCCAAGGGGGCGCGGCAGGCCCAGAAGAAGAAGAAGAGGGCGCUGCACGAGCGGGCCGUGGCGGUGGCUCAGAGCGGGCCUGGGCUGGCGGUGCUGGGGGCGGCCGCAGCGUACGCCACCGUGCGCGGCGGCAUCGAGGGGUUCCACCUCCUCAGGCGCCGCUUCCUGCGUGGCCUGCUGCUGGAUGUGUGCGCGGCGCUGGAUGCGCUGGGCCAGACGUGGUGGAUCGACUUUGGCUGCCUGCUUGGGAUCCACCGUGACGGCGACCUGAUAGCCCACGAUGUGAGCCCUGCUGCGAAUGAUGUGGACCUGGCGGUAUUCAACCCGGACUGGCCCGCGCUGCUGAAGGGGCUCAAGCAGCACCUGCCGCCCAACAAGUACAGCCUCAAGGUGGUGAUGCCUGAGGGCCAGCCGCAGAGCAGCUGGAUCCGCGUCUACUGCCCCCUGGGCAUGGCCGACCUGUUUGGGGCCUAUUCUUCCGGGAGCGCUGAGGGCGAUGAGGGGCACGGCAGCGAGGUGUAUGUGGACAACGGGCACGGAGACACCAUGCACAUCGCAAGGGACCUGGUCCUGCCCACCAGGCGGUCGCCCUGGAGGGGCGUCAACCUGAGCGUGCCGGCAGAAGUGGAGGGCACGCUGGCGCGCCGCUACGGCCCCAACUGGCGCACCCCGGCCUACGCAGAGAAGGGGGCCGACACGGUGGAGGGCUCCAAGCCGUACAUGCGGCUGUUCCGCGCGCUGGCCAGGAUUGGCAUCCGCAUCUGA